GAAUAGGAGCUAGGCACUGAGAAAAUUCAACAAUACAAGGUUCUAUCAAUAUUAAUGGGUCUCUAGAGUCCAUUUAGCAGAAGGUGGUUAAUCAGUGCACGUUUGCUUGUAGGAGGAGGAACUGCAGUUGGAAACAGAUAUAUGUCCCAAGGCAAACACGUAGAAGCAAGAGAACUGAUGUAUUCAGGGGCACUGUUGUUCUUCAGUCACAGCCAACAAAACAGUGCUGCUGAUCUGUCCAUGCUGGUUUUGGAAUCCUUAGAGAAAUCGGAUGCAAAAGUAACAGAUGAACUACUAGAAAACUUGGCUAAAGUAUUUAGCUUGAUGGAUCCAAAUUCUCCUGAGAGAGUAGCUUUUGUGUCCAGAGCACUGAAAUGGUCCAGUGGUGGAUCAGGGAAACUCGGUCAUCCGAAAUUACAUCAGUUAUUAGCCAUCACGUUGUGGAAAGAGCAAAACUAUUGUGAAUCUCGGUAUCACUUCUUACACUCCACAGAUGGUGAAGGAUGUGCUAAUAUGCUAGUAGAAUACUCAUCAUCCAGGGGAUAUUGCAGUGAGGUGGACAUGUUUGUAGCUCAGGCAGUGUUACAAUUUCUCUGCUUAAAAAAUAAGACCAGUGCAUCAGUGGUUUUUACGACAUAUACACAGAAACAUCCUUCAAUAGAAAAGGGGCCUCCAUUUGUACAACCAUUACUAAAUUUCAUCUGGUUUCUGUUACUGGCUGUUGAUGGAGGAAAACUAACAGUAUUUACAGUAUUGUGUGAACAGUAUCAACCUUCGCUGAAAAGAGAUCCCAUGUAUAAUGAAUACCUAGAUAGAAUAGGACAGCUCUUCUUUGGAGUUCCACCUAAGCAGACAUCAUCCUAUGGAGGAUUACUAGGAAAUCUUUUAAACAGUCUGAUGGGCACUGGAGAAGAUGAUGAUGCAGAAGAUGGUCAAGAAGAUAGCAGUCCUAUUGAACUCGAUUGAUUUUUUUUUUUUUUCGUUAGGAGCUGCGUGAAUUUGGCAAUUUGAUAACUCAAAAGACAAUUUCAGAAUUUGAGUCCUGCAAUUGUUUCUCAACAACUAAAAGAGCUUCUCUGUUCUGUUAAAGAAGGUUGCUGAAAUGUUUUAUGAUGUUUGGUCUAUAUUAUUUAUGUAAAAAAAUAGCUGAAAGAACUGAUUGGAAAGAUAAUCUGACUUCCAAUAUGCUGGCUGGUGGUUUUGAUUAAGAUAUAUAGUCUUCUACAGUUUCAAAUGCAGUAUUCCCUUUUUUGACAAUAACAAAAUAAAGGAUAAGCAUUAGUUUGUUGCUUUACGUUUUUAAACCCGUUUUGUUUUAGUUUAUGAAAAAUUCUUGAUCUAUGCCAUCACUAAGAAAUGUCUUGAAAGGCAGAGGAACUAGUAGCGCUUCUCUCUAAACCCAGUGCCAUGGUAUUUCAAGACAGUCCAAAGAGUGUAAUUAAAGGUGCACGCCCAUGACACUUCGACACACACCUCCCUAAAUUCAUUCCUGUCACAGGAAUUAGCAAAAUGUGCUGUGUAUCUAAAAUCAGUCUCCAGGUCACACCAUUCGUGAAAAAAAUCUUCCUUUACAAGUUCACCUAUCCUUUCACUAGAGUGGAUCAUUUGAAUGUAGAUUGGCUGCUAUUUAGACCAUAAUUUCUUAGCCUUGUUUUAUAUGUAGAUAUUCAGCAGCUAAUAAACCUACUCCAUCACAUAGUUUUCUUCUUUUAGAGUAGAGCCUUUUUUAGGUUUAGGUCUGUAAUAGUGUGUAAAGGUGACAGUUUGUGGUUUUGUUUUUGUAAUCAAACAAAGCCAGUACCUUUUUUGUGAUGAGGCACAUGGAAAUCUUUGAAACAAUUUCUAUUUACAGAAAAGGGAUACUGCAAAACUAUCAGUUCUUUAUGAUACAAUAUUUAUUUUUAUUGGGUGGUUGAUUCAUUUAACACUUUAUGUAAAAAAAAAUAACCACAAACUGUGCAUUAGGCAUAAUACUACAUCUUGUCUCCUUUCAAUGCAGUGCGCCACGUGAUAGCUGUAUGAUUAAAAGAUGAAAUCGGGGAAACACUUUAUUUUUUCACAUCUAAAAUAAAAGGCUUAGAUUAAUACACAGUGAUCAUGCAUGGGGGGAAUAAUACAUUUUUAUUUACUGUAAAAAAAAAAAAGAAUUUAAAGGAGGACUUUGUGUUAAUUGUUGAGUAUUAAAUAAAUACUUUAUACUGGGA